AUGCCAAAAUUUAUUGGAGAUGAACUCGAAGUUAAAAUAGAUCCAGAAUUAGAAAAUGGACAAUGCAUACAUAUUCUUGUUACCCAUAAUGAAACAACUUUUCAAUCAAAUGAUGAGAAAAAAUCGGGUUGGAGACCUAAAAAUGAGCAACCUUUACGAAAAAAAGGACAAGGAAAAACAAUGCAU